UGAACAUUAAGCGGAGCAGACCAAAAUCCCAAACAAGGAAAUGGUGGGGGAAUAAAACGAUCAGAUUAUUUAAUUAAUGCAUGUAAUAAUUAAUAUUUUAUUUUAUUGUAAAUUAAGAAAUAUUUAUGGGUGAAAAUGGAUUACGACUUCAAAACAAAGCUCGCGGCCGAAAGGGAGAGAGUGGAAGAUCUGUUCGAAUAUGAAGGUUGCAAAGUGGGUCGAGGCACCUACGGGCAUGUUUAUAAAGCUAAGCGCAAAGACGGGAAGGAUGAAAAGGAAUAUGCCCUGAAACAGAUUGAAGGUACUGGAAUAUCAAUGUCUGCCUGCAGGGAGAUCGCGCUGCUCAGAGAACUGAAGCACCCCAACGUGAUCGCCCUGCAGAAAGUGUUCCUGUCUCACAGCGAUCGGAAGGUGUGGCUGCUCUUUGACUACGCUGAGCACGACCUAUGGCACAUCAUAAAGUUUCACCGGGCCUCAAAGGCCAAUAAGAAGCCCAUGCAGUUGCCACGAGGGAUGGUGAAAUCUCUCCUCUAUCAGAUUCUGGACGGGAUUCAUUAUCUCCAUGCCAACUGGGUGCUGCACAGAGAUCUCAAACCAGCCAACAUCCUGGUGAUGGGGGAGGGUCCUGAACGUGGAAGAGUCAAAAUCGCGGACAUGGGCUUCGCCAGACUCUUCAACUCGCCCCUGAAGCCCCUGGCUGAUCUCGACCCGGUCGUGGUGACCUUCUGGUACCGGGCGCCUGAGCUGCUGCUCGGAGCACGACAUUACACCAAAGCGAUAGACAUCUGGGCGAUCGGCUGCAUCUUCGCCGAGCUGCUGACGUCGGAGCCCAUCUUUCACUGCCGCCAGGAGGACAUCAAAACCAGCAACCCCUUCCACCACGACCAGCUGGACCGGAUAUUCAGUGUCAUGGGCUUCCCGGCAGAUAAGGACUGGGAGGACAUUAGGAAGAUGCCCGAGUACCCCACCCUUCAGAAAGACUUCAGGAGAACAACGUAUGCAAACAGCAGCCUCAUCAAGUACAUGGAGAAGCAUAAAGUAAAGCCGGACAGCAAAGUGUUCCUCUUGUUACAGAAGCUCCUCACGAUGGACCCCACGAAAAGGAUCACCUCAGAACAGGCACUGCAGGAUCCCUAUUUCCUGGAAGACCCUUUACCCACAUCCGAUGUGUUUGCUGGAUGUCAGAUACCCUACCCAAAAAGAGAAUUUCUAAAUGAGGAUGAACCUGAAGAAAAAACUGAGAAGAACCAGACCCAGCAGCACCAGCAGACGGCUGCGCAGACGCAGGCUCAGACGCAGCAGCAGACCGCCGCCCAGCAGGCCCCCUCCCAGCAGAGCUCCGCCCAGACCAACGGCACCGCCGGCACUGGGGGGGCCACGGCCGGCAGCGGCCUGCAGCACGGCCAGGACCAGGGGCCCCCCAACAAGAAACCUCGCAUCGGGCCCUCGGGGGCCUCCUCAGGCACGGGGGUCAUGCAGUCAGACUACCAGCACUCCAGUUCCCGCCUUGGUUACCAAAGCAACGUCCAAGGUUCCACUCAGUCCCAGAGCACCAUGGGAUAUUCGUCCUCAUCUCAGCAGAGCUCUCAGUACUCCCACCAGUCACAUCGCUACUGAGGCCCCCCCGGGCAGGUCUCGUCCUCUCUCGCCACCCAAGUUUCGCCCUGUCUAGCCCCUCCCUCACUUCCACAUAGACCCCUCCCUCUUUUCCAUAUCACACUGCCCUCACUCCGAUAUUAACCCUGCCCUCAGUCCAUGUAGACCCCGUUCUCACUUCCAUAUAGACCCUUCCCACACUCCCACAUUAUCCCCGCCUUCACUCCCAUACAAACCCUGUCCUCAGUCCCAUAUUAACCCCGCCCUCACAAACUUAUUACCCCCACCCUCACUCCCACACAGGCCCCGCCCUCACUGCCAUACAAACCCCGCCUUCACUCCCACACAGGCCCCGCCCUCACUGCCAUACAAACUCUGCUUUCACUCCCACACUUCCAACAAGCUCUGUCCUCUUCUGUCAGCUCCACUCUGGCCCUCACUUCCAUGCGACACUUCCAAAUCCUUACUCCCGCUCAGGACUCACCCCCAGCUCCUCCAAGACCUCGCUCUGAUGUCCACAUGGGCCUUCACCUUGCCCUGUCUUGGGGUUUUUGCAAUACGAAGGCAUAUUCAACAUAGGAACCAAAAACAAACCCUCCCUUGCCCUUAGCGAAAGGGUAAUAAAAAGAUUUUUUUUUUUUACCUGUUGUUUUAUUUUAGAAAAAAGAAAAUACGAAAUAAAGGAGUAGGAAAGGGUCCGGCACAACCUCUUGGCAAAACCGUGCUUCACAAAGACAAUGUUCUCAGAACGAGAGCACUUAGUUCCUCCUGAGGACGAAUCGCAGCUCUGUUCAUUAAUAUACUGCUCCUUUUGUAUUUGUUUGACCAGAGACAAUGUUCGCUCUGCAGAGUUUUCAAGUUUACUUCAGUUUUUUAGUUGUCUUGGUAAAUAUUUUUCAUAAUAUGUCCACCGAUGGGAUGAAACACAGGAAAAUCAAGCCCUUUACAUUCAUUUUUUUCCACACUGAAUGAUUCCCAUCACGGAUUUAUAUCUCAUCAAGAAACGUGUUAAAAAAAAAAGAGCAAAACAAAAGGAAAAAAGAAACAAACCAACAGCUAACUGAUAUGAAACAAACGUAACAAGCUUUCGAAAUUCUUCUAUAGUGUAAUUUUGAAAUUGCAUUUGUACAGAUGGAGUACCGGCUGACCAGCUGGUGUCAUUGCAGGGAUUCUAUAACAUGCAGUCUAUCUAAAUGUGUUGUUAGAGUUUGUUUUAUAAUGAAUUUAGGCACCUGUAUAUAGAUUUGCAGAUUCUCAGAGAGUGUGGCGAGAGGGAGGCGCACACACUCACUCUGCACCCUGGACAGCAAACGCCACUUCCCUCUGGCCUGGACCACCACCGUGAGUUCCUGGACCCUUCCCACAAUCCACACAUCAUGCAAACGCCGUGUCAUUACAUUUUACAGAACUGUACAGAUCUCUGUCUUUUCGUCUUUUUUGUGAGAAGGAAACAGGCCUGUAAUCAUGCUACAGGAAUUUCAAUGUGCUUCGGAGGCUGGGUUUAUGAAUAUGGGGGUGUUUCUCGAGCCCAGCGGAUCUGUGCGUAUUGGUCACAGCAUGAGGCACUCUGCAGACACCAUGGAUUGGCUGGCUGUGCUGUGGAGAGAGGGGUCAAAGGUCACAGUAUGCACAUCACCACAAAGAGCAGCUAACAGUUACUAAAGCGUUCCAGAGACUGUUACCUCCCGGUGUUUUCUUUCAUGUCUGUGUAUCAUUACUCUAACCAUCAUUGUUAUUUCAAAAAAAAAAAAAAAAAACUCUCACGUACAUUUUCCUCCAAACUCAGCCUAAGGGAAUGCACUGCCGACAGCCUUCAAGAGGCCCUGGAACAAAGACCCCUGAAAGAGCCCCUCUCCUGCCCCGCCUCUCUGCCUCGCAGCCACACCUGACUGAGCACUGAGUAUUUCAGCUGACACUGCUGCUCUCUGCGGUACUUACCCUGUGAAAGCAGUCAAAAGGAGCCAUGCUGCGUGACCUAAAACAUGGAGGUGGAACUCGCCCGCACCGACUAUCCUGUUCUGUGAAGGGUUUGAGUGCAAGGACAUUGUGCGCUAGGGACAUCUAGUGGUCAUCAGUGGAACUGAGCCCCUCUCUCUCUUCUUUUUCCUGCUGUCUGUGUCCCUUUUUUCUGCACACUCCAACAGAGUGCUCUCGGUGGUGGCAAUGACAGCCCUGCAGAAACAGCCGGAGUAGUGUAUCACCAGUGCUUGACAGCUUGUGGCCCUCUCUCUCCGUUUAUUCUCACAAGCCAGGAUCACGGUAACCUUUUUUUUUUUUUUGGAAGAUGACGUUUUUAACCUGUUUAAAACUGCCUUUGCGCUGUACAGAAAUCACCAGCCGUACACUGCUGGCACACACUGAAGACAGACACUGUCUCCUCUCGAGGUUCUGGAACUGGCCCUGGUGUUAGGAGGGGAACAGUGUACCCUCACGUUGCGGCAUGGUGGUCCACCAUGGUUCUGGUACCGG